CGUAAACAUUCGUACCGGCCAGCACAAGAAAUAGAAGUUCGUGCCGCUCGUGCCGUUUGCAUUGCCAAAUGUUGGCAUUAUUUCGUCGUGCAGUAGUUUCCGUAGAAUUCCAUCGUUUAGUACCAUUGGUGAAACAAAAAAUACGCUCACACCGUUCCGUAGUACCGAAACCGUCGCUGCUGGACGAGACGGUAACCAAGAGAUUUGUGGUCGAACUAGCAGCUGCCGUGGAAGCAAAGUUUGCGGAAAAGAAGGUUGAGGCACAGAAACGGAUGGAGGCACGUAAAGCUAGACGGGAAGUGGAGCAGCGAUACAACGGUGCAGUUAAGCGACGCAAAUGGGAAGAUCCUCCGGAUGAUCCGGAGGCGGUGAAAAACUUCGAUCCGGCUUCGCGAGUGAAGCGUCGCAAGAGUAUUAUUUUGCUGGGCUACUCGGGCGUGAAUUAUUUUGGCAUGCAGCGAAACCCCGGUACCAAAACGAUCGAAGAAGAUCUUCUCCGGGCGAUGUUGAAGCAAAAUUGGAUCAACGAUGAGGGCUUCCGGCAACCGCAGCAGAUUCAGUUCCAGCGAGCAGCACGCACGGACAAGGGAGUAUCCGCUGCGAUGCAAGUUGUUUCUAUUAAACUGCCCGAUAGCUUGGAUGUUGAAGCGCUAAACUCCGAGUUGCCUUCAGAUAUUCGGGUGUACGCAGUGAAGCGCGUCACCAAAGGAUUCAACUCCAAAACAAACUGCGACGCACGGACCUAUACCUACACACUGCCCACGGUAGCGUUUGCGCCAAACGACGAAAAAGUAAACAUUUUAACGUACCGUCUUCCGGCUGAACGAUUGAACCGAGUGAACGAAGUUCUCUCCCUUUACGUGGGUACCAAGAACUUUCACAAUUUCACCAGCCGUAAAGAGUUUCUUGAUCCAUCCGUCAAGCGGUUCAUCAUGAUGUUCGAAUGUGAUGCACCGUUCGUCCCCGAAGGUACGACAGCGGAGUUCGCCACCAUCAAAAUCAAAGGACAAAGUUUCAUGCUGCAUCAGAUACGUAAAAUGGUCGGCCUCACCAUAGCCAUCGUGCGAGGUCUGGCCGAAAGUGAACUGAUUGAGAAGGCCUUCGGACAGGAACGAUACGGUAUCCCGACCGCCCCGGGACUUGGAUUAGUUCUAAGUAGAAUUCAUUACGAUAAGUACAACAAGCGAUAUGGCGAAGAUGGCUGCCACGAGACGUUGGAAUUCGAAAAGGAAGAAUCAAUGAUACAGGAGUUCUUUAAACAGCACAUUGCUUCCAAAAUCGUUGAGACGGAAAUGGGCACUAAUUCAAUGAUGGAAUGGUUAGAAAAAUUGCCACUUCAUAGUUAUGAGCCGCGGGAUGAGAAUGAUACGAGUGAAUGGAAACCUAGGAAUCAAAAAGCUUCUGCCGACGGUGACGAUGACGAAUAAAGGUGAUGGAAGUAGGACGAAGAAAUAGAACCGGAAUAGUCUAUAGUUUAACAUCUAUUUAUUUUCUUGAAUAUCAUAAACGUUCGCAUCGAAACUAG